AUGGCGCUCGUGAGGCAGCUCGUGGAGAGGGCCUGCGUCGGCGGCGGCGAGCGGUUGGUGCUGUUUGCCAAGCGGAUCGACGUGCUCGACCUUCUGCAGGGCAUGCUGGAGACCGCCCAUUCGCGGCAGCGGCGGCGCCUCGUCGCGGCCCAGCGGCCUUGGGGCGGCUUGUGGGGUGGGGGCGGGCAAGCCGAGGCGUGGUUGCAGCAAGCACGCGCCCUUGCGGGCGCCGUUGACUCCUGCAUGGAGGACUUUGGGUGGCGGCUGGACCGGGCCGGGGCGGAGGGGGAGGUGCUGCGGCUGGAGGGCGCCACAAGCUCGGCGGAGCGCGCGCGGCUCAUCAAGGCUUUCAACCACCCCAACGGCCGCGCCAAGGCGCGUCUCUUUGCCAGCGUGUUCCUGCUGUCCACGCGUGCGGGGUCUGUGGGCAUCAACCUCGUCAGCGCGACGCGCCUCGUGCUCAUGGACGUCGACUGGAACCCGGUGCACAACGAGCAGGCCGUGAGCCGCAUCUGGCGCUACGGCCAGACUCGGCCCUGUUUCAUCUACAGGCUGCUGCACAAGGCCACCCUGGAGGAGCGCAUCUAUGACAGGACACUGGCCAAGGAGGAGCUCUUCGCAAGGGCGAAGCAAGCUUGGGUGACGCGCUGGAGGGCGCCCCGCAGGCGCGUUUGA